AUGGUGUUCCAAAUGGGUAUAGAAACUUAUUAUCCUAAUGAAGCUUCAUCGAGUGGUCUUGCUCAAAAUAAUGUUCCAAAUGGAGCUUCCUCGAGUGGUCUUGCUUAUGAUAGUGUUCCAAAUGAAGCUUCCUCGACUCCAUUUGGAACACGUGUUCCAAAUGGAGCUUCCUUGAGUGAUCUUGCUCAUAAUAAUGUUCCAAAUGGAGCUUCCUCGAAUGGUCUUGUUGAUCAUAGUUUUCCGAGUAUAGCUGCUAAAACCGAACAACAAGUUAGUUAUAUUUCUAUGUUUUAGAUCUCUGCAGAGUUAAGUCACUACUAUAUAUAAAUGUUUAUUUGGAAAUUAGUAAAUGUAAUAUAAGCACCAAACAGGAUAUUGAAUCAAUGAAAGUGUAUGAAACUGUAUGUAUUGUAAAAAAAUUGAUUUAUAAAAAUUAUUUGGUUAAAAGAGAAAUCAGUAAGGAGUUCAUUCUAUCUAAAAAAAUUAUGCGCAAUAUACCGAUUUAAUUGUUUGUAAUAUUUUGAUAUCUAUUUUUAGGACAAUCGAAAUCGCGCCAAAAAGUGAAUAAAAUGGUCGUAUAAUAGGUAAAAGGUUUUUCAUAUUUUACACUUAUAUUCAAACUUGACAUCUGAGUAUUCACGUGAUCUCAAAAAGAGGGGAUGAGAGAUCCAUACACUUUGAUAACUAAUAUAGUAACUGUAUUUAACAAGAAAUUAUAACACUUCAUUCGUGUUAAUCACAUAUCUCGAACUUGAAGAACGUAGUUCGCUUAAGAUAGCUUGAAUCUUUGACUUACACUUUCUUAUCAGCACUUUACAUGUAUCUAAGCGCACGUAAGCAGUUUGAAAAUAGUUUAAAUCGAGAAAAUUUUUAGACAGAAAAGCCUAUCAUCUGUAGAAAGAUUUGCAUUAUGUUUUUGAUAAAUAUUACAGAGACACUACAUAUCGCACAGGUAAAAAACAAAGUAACUUAGAUCGAUGAUGUUGCCCUAUCGAUCUUGAGGAAACAUUCCAGAAACAACAAGUUUUUCUGAGUAUUCUGGCCGUUUACAAUCUUACAUGUUUGAUCUGGAAACAUCCACAUUCAACAAAAUCAACAGUUUUCUCAAUGAAAAAAAAACUUGUGAGUUCUAUACAUUAUAAGAAAAGUUCAUUUUCACGAACACUCAUUUAUAAUGUUCGUAAACAUUUUUCACAGAAUAAAAGCUUGUAUAAACACAAGAAGUCUAACAUCAUAUUUUUUUAUCUAUUUGUUCUUGAGACUGGUUUGCGUACUAUUAAAAGCAGAUAACUUGCAAAACGCACCAAUUUAUUCAGCAUGCAUCUGAUUAGAUAGGAUUGUACGGACUCACUAUAAUUAGGGAAAUAAUUUCUCAUGUUGAAUUCUUUGUUUUUACUUAUUGAGAAAUAAGUUUCCUAAUCUUUUUAGACGAGUCACGACAGCUUGCUGAGAGUCGUAUAACAAUGGAGUGGAUUCGUGUUCCAUUGGUAUUGUGCAAGUUUAUUGAAUUGUGUCCCAAAACCUGUGGCUGAAGGUGCAGGUGAAUCAUCCUAUUGCAUAAUAGCAAAAGAUUACUACUAUUACUAUACUGUAACAAGAAAAGCAGGCACCUUACGAACUUUGAGAUAAAAUUGAAAAUGUUUUUUGCUAUUGUAUGAGCCUGCGAAACCUUUUUUCUAUUUAAAUACUGUAGAGUUAUGGCACUUUAAGAAAGUUUCGCUGGUUUUCACAACAGUUAAGGAAGGUUUCGAAAUCUAAAAUGAAUUUGAAACAUUUAUUAUUUUUUUUCAGAGUAUGGUGAUAUUAACUGUGACAAUACACAACAGCUCUGUGAUGAUCAUAAAAAACAGAGAGUGCCGGUACCAAUGGAAAAUGACCAUCUUCUCCGUCGCUAUCUGAAAAUAGAUUUACUUUUAGACGAUAGAUUUUAUUGCAUGGCACUAGAAAUUUGCAAGGUUUACGGUGCUCAAUUGUCCUGGGAAACCUGUGAAGUACUACAAAAUAGCAAGACUGGGAAAGUUCUUGAACAAAACUACAAAAAUCAUUCCGGUGUUGGAUGUAAUCCUGUGUGUCGAUCACGGACACCCCACAACAACAACAACAGUGCAUGGAUAAACCGUUUCUCUUGAAAGUAUAUCAAGAAUAAGCAAAAUGUAGAUCUCAACAUGAACACUUGUAUACUGUGAAUUUCACCUAUUAUAGAACUCUUUUUGGGAGAAUUUUUCAAAUUAGUUCUUUUCCUUGUGAUUUGGCCUCUUUGUAAUGCAUAUCUCUCCAUAGUGGAUAUUUUCAAACGCUUUCAAAAAUAUUUAUUAUAAAAAAUUUUUAACAUAUGACAAUAAAUAAUGCGAGUAGUAAUAGUUUGCUAUAUACAAUAUUCAUACAAAAGUAAAAAUUAAGUAUGGCUACAUUUCUAUGAUCAUUAUUCACUUAAUCAACAACUGACUUCUUGUAAUCGAAGUUAAGAAACAUCGAUGGUGAAUUAUGGUAGGAAGGAAUCUUCUCACUUCUAUAGCUAAUCAAAAGAUAGAAAGAAAGAGAGAGAGAAAAUUAACUUACCAUAGAAGUAUUCAAACUUUUGGAUUAUGAUGAUAAUUAUUUUUGUAAUUGAGUAGAUUUUGUUUACUUUAUUAGACUUGAAACUAUUCAUUGUUGUAUGAUCUUAAUAAUAUUUAGAGACUUUGACAUACAGUAAAAUCUCUCGAAUAUCAUCCCCAUUGGGACCUACCAAAACUGCUCACUUUACGGAGGUGAUCAUUACUGGGAGGUUUCCAGUUUCUUUUGUGUCUAAUACAAGUAUUCACUUUCAAUCGUACAAAGUGACCUUUUUGUUCUUUCCAAUAGUUUAAGAUCUUGUUAUAGAAUGAGAUAGCAACCUGGUGGCAUGACAACAGAACGGAAUAAAAGAAUAAUCCUCUCUUACACAGAAUUGAACCAGCGUCUUCUAUUUACCGGGCAGCUGUAUUACCACUAUCAUAGAAAGAAUGCUCUCUAUCCGUCUUAUUACCGAAGGAAAACAUCUCACAAUGGAAGGGUAUGUACUGUUGAGCAGAAAGAUUGAUCAUAUUCGGGUCAAAUGAUCACUUUCACCGAGAAACUAACGAAUUUAAAAUAUGAUAUGUCCAUGAUGUACUUGGACAAAGAUCCUUGAAUCUCAAGGUAUGUGAAAUUUAGGU